AUGUUACAUCGAAAUAUAUUACGAAGCUGCUAUAGGGUUAAUUAUACGCCAUUAUCUACCAUCAAUCAAAGAUCCUUAUUUCACAGUUAUGCGCAUUUAAGUGCAAAGGAGAAUAUUGAAGAGAAGUCUCCAGAAGAUUUGGUUAAACAUUCACAUUAUAAGUCAAAUCCUUUCGAUGCAACCUCUAAUAAACCUCUUCAGAAAAAGCCAAAAAAUGAUUUAUUAUCAUUAUCACAGUAUGAAUCUGGAUCCUAUCAGUUACCACAAUGGAAAAAUGCUUUAGGUGAAUUGGUGAUUAAAUAUUUCAAACUGGAUAUGGAUAGAGUAAGAGCAGGUUCGAUUGCAGGUUCAUAUUACUACUCUUUAUGUAGAAGUCCUGGUCUUCAAUAUGAGAAUGAACCGUUAUCUGAGGCUGCUAAAUUCUUUUAUGAAGAUCUGAAAUUACCUCGUACCUUUUCUCAAUGGUUCCAAAUUACCAUUUUGCAUGAGUGGAUUUUAUUUACACGUAUGCGUGCUAUGCCAUUUAAGUAUGGAAGAAAUUACCAACAGAAAUUGGUUGAUAGAACCUUUUCAGAUAUAGAAAUGAGAUUAUUUGAGGAAAUGAAUGUCACUUCUAGUAGAAUAUCGGACCAAUACUUAAAAGAUUUCAAUACACAAUUAAGAGGUGCAGUGUUCGCCUAUGAUGAAGGUCUUUACACAGACGAUGCAACUUUGGCAACAGCUAUAUGGAGAAACUUAUUUGGUGGUCGUAAAGAUAUCGAUAUGAUAUAUCUUGAAGCUGUAGUUAGGUAUGUACGUUCUAACAUUUAUGUUUUAAGCAAAAUUUCAGAUAGAGAAUUUGCUACCGGUAAUUUCAAAUUUGUCCCACCAAAUGAAACUGUUGAGGUACUGACGCCAGAACACGAACUAGAAUUGAAACAAAAAGUCAUUGAGAAAUAUGAAGCUAUAGACAACAAGCCUGAUAUUUUACCAAGUGAAAGGAGUAACUUAUCAUAUAAAAACUAA